UGAUCUACAAGGCGUUUCCAUUGUUAUUAAAAAAGAGAUGGUAGCAGAAUCAAUCAUGGAGGAUACCACUACAGAGGAGAGUACUAUUGUCAUUAAAAUGGAGUGCACAGAUGACCAACCCCAGACAGAAGAAACACAGGUGGAACUGGAAAGACUGAAGACUCUUCUUGCUCAAAAAGAAAAAGAAAAUGACUUGCUAAGAGAGAAAAUACAAGCUCAUCAGGCUCUUUACCCACUAACACCAGAGACUGUAAAUAACAGCAGUGUCCCUAACUACUUCAAAUACUGCACUGGGUUCACUUACGAUGAAUUUAACGAACUGUGCCGAUUUUUCGCCCUUCCAGAUAAUGAAACAGUCCCACAAACACACAUCCCCUUGACAUGUGAUAAACUGAACAGGCACAUCCGCCACAUGCCUUUACGUCAACAAUUUCUACUUGUACUUAUGAAACUAAGACAAAACUUCGACCUGGAAGAGCUAGCUUUCAAAUUUCAAACUGAUAUGCAAAGUGUUAGGACUUUAUUCAGUUCAUGGAUUGACUUCAUGUAUGACAGGCUAUGUAAUCUGUCUGUUUGGCCACACAGGGACAUCAUUGCAGAAAACAUGCCCGACAACUACAAAGCAGAGUUUCCAACAACUUUUGCCAUUCUUAAUUGCACAGAGAUAAAGAUAGAGAAACCUAGCUCACUGUCAGCACAAAGUCAGACUUGUUCUAACCGUAAGUCUACUAACACACUCAAGUCUCUGAUAGCCUGUGAUCCUCAUGGCUCCAUCAUGUUUGCAUCUACGCUAUACACAGGAUCAAUUUCUGACCAAGAGCUGUUUAGACGGUGCGAAAUCAAAGAUUUACUGAAAGGUCUGCUUCAGUGUGGCCACCUUAAGAGAGGUGAUGGGCUGAUGGUGGAUAAGGGAUUUCUCAUUGAGAAAGAUGUGAAGGAGCUUGGCCUUCAACUAAACAUUCCUCCGUUUGCAAAUCUUCACAUGCCAGUCCCAGAUGUUCAGAUAGCAAAAAAAAUAGCCAAACACAAAGUGCAUGUAGAUAGAGCAAUAGCCAACGUCAAAAAAUUUAAGAUAGUGUCUGGUAGAAUCCCUAAUUACAUUUUAGAAAAUAUAAAUCAGAUAUGGUUUGUGGUGUGUAUGUUGUCUAAUUUCCAGCGACACAGCAUUCAGGCAUAAGUUGCUGAAGAACCCACAUAGGGACAGCAAAGUGCUGCAGUUAAUUCAUGGCCAUGAUUUCUCUCUGCCUGUCACGCAAGUUAUUAUAAUAAAUUUGCAUUUUGUAUCCCAUUUUUAACCUUUCAGAUUCUUGUUAGUGUGAAUGUUUUUCUUUUGUAAUGAUAAUAAUCCAGUCUUAAUCUGUAUCACUGUUUUACCUGGUAGCUCAAACCACUUGCAAGAGGGUACUUUUCCUGACCUACUGCAUCUAUUGGUGGCCUGUUUGCUAUGUAGCUCACAGGUGUCCCUGUCCAAAUCCUCAUUUGCCACUUUAGACAAAGCUCUGCAAUAUACAAAAUUCACAUCUACUUGUCAUACAAAUUUAGAUUACUUGUACUCCAACACCACAGUAAGUUGCACGGUUUAUCAUAUUUGGUAUUUCUAUCAUUAUUUAUAAAUCAUGAAAACAGCUCACCUACCAUUGCUGUAGUGACAGAAGUUGGAUAUGUUUUCGGUUUGGAAGUUCACCCCCACCACAACAGCUGUUACGGGCAGCGGUUUAAGUUUUCUGCCUCUUGGAUUAGGCUUGUGGAGGACUGGGCUGAGAAACUGCACAUUUUUGGGGCUUUACAGAGGUCCAGGGUAUAGAUAAGACCAACGACAUGGGCGUAGAAACUUGUGGAGCUAACCAGAUGUUGUUACAGCACACUAUAGGCUAAUAAUGUUAUGGUAAUUAGCUAACGCCAGCUAGGAUGACUUACUGAAUGUGACGUUAUAGAUGCAUACUGCUUUUGCGUUUUAAUGAUUCUAAUUAGGGUUGGGUAUCAUUUGGGUUUUUUACAAUACCGGUGCCAAAUUGAUACUUUUAAAAUGGUACUGGUGCCUGAACCAAUAC